AUGGCAGGUGACCCUACAUGGUGGAAGCUCACCUUUUUGCAGAAAAAGAAGUCAGAGGAGAAAGUCCUGUAUGAGAUACCUCCUGACUUCAGCACCAACAGUGGUAAUAAGGAAUUGAACAACGGUGCCACAGACAGCAAUUUAGAUGCCAGACUGGAAAAAAUAGUGGACAAAUCUGCCAGUAAGGGCCGUCAUGUGAAAGUCUCGCAUUCUGGGCGGUUCAAAGAGAAGAAGAAGAUUCGAGCGACACUAGCAGAAAACCCCGGCCUUUUUCCUGAGCCUACUCGGACAGACAAGAACCAUGUGGUGGAAAAUUAA